AUGCCAUUUUCAAGCUGGAUUUCUGUUAAGAAUUCAAAGACCAUGCCUCUCCAGAUUAUCCAUCCUGGUGGUCAUGUUGAACUCCAUGACAGACCAGUGACUGCAGCUGAGAUUAUGCGCCGCUAUCCAAGGUCUUGUGUUACAUAUCCACAUGUGUUCCAACAACCAUGGGCAAUUGUGGAACCAAAUGAAGAGCUUGUGCUGGGAGAAAAGUACUAUGUAGUACCAAUGAGCGGAAUAAGAAAGCUUCAAGGUCUUUCUCCAAGGAGCUCUCCUUCUGCUCACAAAAUUACAACCAAUUCUUCAGUUGAUAAGAUUAGAAACACACAAUCCAGCAAAGAAAGGGAGGAGGAUGGUAUGUUUUCCACUUGUUGUGUCUUCAAGAAUAAAAGUAUUGCCAAAAAACCAAAUAACUACAAGCAACAUUCCAUAAAUAAUUGUUUUUCGAGCCUGUUUAAAGGAGGCAUGACUAAAGCAACUGUUGGUGUUGUGACAAAAGAAAUAAGAACAUCAUCAAACAGAGCUCACCCUACAUUAGCUAGGAAGGGGACACAAGAUUUGACAGGGAAAGGUUCAAGAAGCUCUCCUAAGAAAGUAUGGUCUUCUUCUGACAAUUGGCAACCUAGUCUAGAGAGUAUCACUGAAGAAUAA